GAAGCCAAGAGGUUGUCUGAGUCCUCAGAGGAGGAGUACGAAAUACAAGUGGGGAAAAAAAGGAGAGGUGCAUCGCUCGUCGGAGUUUGUUGAGGACGCGCAGCUGGAAAACUCGGAGGAUCCGAGCGUAAUGGAUGCACUGUGAGGAAGUUUAUUCGACUACGCUUGCACUGCCCUGCUGUACUCGGAACCCGGUUCGAGUCCGCGCGUCGGACAGCAGACAUGGACGCGAAUAGCGCGGCGCUGAGAGCCGCGCUGCACAUCCUAUUGACGCUUCAGCAAGUUGGAGGUUACACUUACAGGAACCAGCGCAAAUUCACCGAGGACAUCGACUGGUCGUAUGCCGGAACAUUAAACCAAAACAACUGGGCCAAGAAGUUUCCAUCGUGUAGCAAUGCUAAGCAAUCACCCAUUAACGUGGAAGAGAGCCUGGCCCAGGUCAAGCUACAGUACCAGCAGCUGCGCUUGGAUGGCUGGGAAAACUUCACAGGCCAGCGCACCACCAUUAAGAAUGAUGGCAAAACUGUGGCAUUGGAUGUGGACGGUGACUUCUACGUCAGUGGCGGCGGAAUAAGUUCAAAGUUCAAGGUGGGGCGCAUCACCUUCCACUGGGGGCGCUGCAACGCCUCUUCUGAGGGCUCCGAGCACAGCCUGGACGAUGUCAAAUAUCCCCUGGAGAUGCAGAUUUACUGCUAUGAGCCACAUCGCUUCAACUCUUUCCACCAAACUGUCAAAGCUGGAGGACGAAUCACAGCCCUGGCAGUGCUUUUUGAGGCGAGCCUGGGGGAGGACAACUCUAACUUUACCACCAUCAUCGACGCUGUCAACAGUGUUAGCAGAUACGGUAAGAGUGCCCAGGUGGCGCCCUUCUCGCCGAGAGCGCUUCUGCCUCACUCCAUAGACAAAUACUUCAUCUACAAUGGCUCGCUGACCACGCCGCCCUGCAUCGAGACUGUGGAGUGGAUCAUUUUUAAGAAUAGUGUGUACAUCUCAGCUGAUCAGCUGGAAGUAUUCUGUGAGGUAAUGACCAUGCAGCAGGCGGGUUACGUGAUGCUGAUGGACUACCUACAGAACAACUAUCGAGAACAGCAACACAAUUACAUGGGUCUGGUCUUCUCCUCCUACACCGGCACCGAGGAGCUCCUCACACCAGUUUGCAGCUCAGAGCCGGAGAACAUGGAGGCGACGGCCUACAACCUGAGCAGCCUCCUGGUGACUUGGGAGCGUCCACGGGCCGUCUAUGACUCCACCAUCGAGAAGUACUUGGUCAGCUACAAGAUGGCUGACGCAGAGGAUGCGACACCCUCAAAGUACCUGACAGAUGGAGAUCAAGAUGUGGGUGCCAUCCUUGAUGACCUGAUGGCCAACUACAGCUACGUGAUCCAGGUGGUAGCGGUGUGUACCAAUGGCCUUUACGGACGUACCAGCAAUGCCCUGACAUUCACCAUGCCCAUCGAAGUCCCUGGAAAUAACUUGAACCCAUAUUCAACUGAAUUUGAGUACGAGGAGGAGAACUACCCACCUGAUCCAUCACUGAAUGAAUCUGUACGAACAGAAGAUUACGAACAGUCGUGGAUUCCGACUGAAUCACCUCACUAUCCACCACAACAUGGCGUCAGAGCCACCAAAACAGAGUCGACUACAAUUGCUCCGACUUCUUCUCUGGGUACUCCUUGGCUACCCAAAGUCACCACUAGGAUUUCAUCUACGACUCCCUUGUACACAAACAAAAGAGAUCACCGAGGUGGCAUUGGUCCAAAGUCCUUCAGUGACGCAGGCCUGAAUAUGACAACAACAACAGUAAGCAGUUCUUGGAUGAAUGGCAUUAAAGGUGUACCCCGAAACGGCACUACCACGGCGCCAACUGGGAACAAGACCAUGACCAGGCCAAUGACCACAACCAUGAAAAAGACUAUGAUCGAGGCCUUGAACAGAACUACGGAAAUGACUGCAAACACAACUGAAAAAAAGAGCAUGACCAUGCCAUUGGACAAAACCACGACGAUGAGUACGAAAACGGCAUCGACCACAAACCCAAAUGCAAAGAAGACAGAGACUAUAAAUAGCACAAAUUCAAUUAUAACAAACAUGACAGUGGCACUGACAAAAAUUACAGCGACCGUGAUUCCACCAAGAAAUAAAUCUAUGACUAUGACCAGUCCAACAACCAAGACCAUGAAUACUACAACCUCAGUGAUUACAAACAUGACUGCAAACAAGUCGACAACCAUGACCACGCCAUUGAACAAGACAAUAAAUAUGGACAACACCAUCAUCAUGACACUGCAAAUGAACAAAACUACAACCAUGCCAAGACCAACGACCGGGACCAUGAACAAGACCACAACCAUUAAUACAACAACAGCAGUGAUUACAAACACAACCACAUAUAAGACUACAAUGAUAACUAGUCCAACGAACAAGAACUCAAGCAUGAACAAUAUCAUGACCAUGAGCCCGCCAAACAAUAAAACUAUGACCAUGAUCAGACCAACAACCAAGACUAUUACUAAGAACACAACGAUGAAUAAAACAUUGGCCGUGACUACAAAAAUGACAGCAAACACGACCAUGACCUCACCAACAAAUAAAAUAAAAAAUAAUAUAAGGCAAACAAACACAACCCUAAACAGCAGUGCAACCACAAACAAGAGUAUGACCACAAAUUUCACCCACCAUAGCGACCAGAUCAUGAAGCCCUCAAGCCCAUACAAAGAUAUUACCACAAAUGCAACAGAGGACGCAAGAAGAUUCCAUUUUGAUGAUGGGGUACGGGUCCAGGGUGAACCCUCACAGGAAUCUCUGCCGCGAGGGUCUACAACUCCCAUCAUCCCUCAUUUUUCAGCCACAAAGACCUCGGGAUGGCAGAGUGGUGUUCUUUUGCAGACCACACCGCCGCUCUCAAAGGCGAGCACAUCCGAGCCCACAUUGUCACUGCCUUCUGGCCCCACGACACCCACUUCCUCUGAGGCCAGUAACGGCAUCUCCGGCUCAGGUUCCCACAUAGAUCAGGAGUGGGACAGAGUCCAGGUGUCCGGCUCGGGUGAGGGCACAUUUCCUCAUUCAACGAACCCACCUUCCACUACUUUGGAAUCUGGACAGACGCCCGAGGACAUGGAUGACCGCUCCUCAGCAUUCUAUUUUGACAGCGAGAGCGGGAGCGCUACAGGAUCCGGGCGAGCUGGCGCCGCCACACCUAUUACAACUUCAGUCCCCUCACCUACGCCUCUAGAGGAAAGUGGCUCGGGUCAUGCCGAGAACCUGUUCGACAAUGACACCUCCUCUGACUUCAGCAUUCCCGAGCAAACCCAGCAGGAGUCGGAGAAAGAGGAGGAGCCAAUGGCAGACGUGAGCAACAGCAGCCAUGAAUCUCGUGUGGGCUCCAUAAGGGAUGGCGAGAGGAAGGCAGUGGUCCCGUUGGCCAUCAUCUCCACGCUCACAGCACUAGGACUAGUAGUUCUCAUCGGCAUCCUUAUCUACUGGAGGAUAUGUUUCCAGACAGCGCACUUUUAUGUGGAUGAAAGCACCAUUCCCUGUGUCACCGCCAUGCCCGCUUUCACGUCUGACGAAAAAGCAGCACUUCCUGCCAAAGAUUUUGUAAAACAUGUUGCGGAGCUUCACCAAACCAGCGGAUUUCAGCGCAAGUUUGAGCUGUUAAAGGAGAGUUACGAGGAGGUGCAGGCGUGCACAGCGGAUAUGGUGAUGACCUCGGAGACAUCCAAUCAUCCGGACAACAAGAGCAAAAACCGAUACAGCAACAUCCACGCUUUCGAUCACAGUCGAGUGCGACUCUCGGCCGCAGCCGACAAGGACGGACGCAGUCGAGAUUACAUCAAUGCCAACUAUGUGGACGGCUUCAAGAUGCAUCACGCGUACAUUGCGGCUCAGGGUCCCCUCAAGUCUAGCAUGAACGACUUCUGGCAGAUGAUUUGGGAACAAAACGUUGGUGUCAUCGUGAUGAUUACCAACCUGCUGGAGAAAGGACGGAGAAAGUGCGACCAGUACUGGCCUGCCGAACUGCAUGAGGACUAUGGUGGCCUGAUGGUAACGCUCAAGAGUAUCCAAGAGCUAGCACACUACACCCAGCGAACCUUCACUGUCACCAACACAAACAUCAAAAAGGGCUCUCAGAAAGGGUGCAGCAUUCAGCGAGUGGUCACGCAAUACCACUACACCCAGUGGCCUGACAUGGGUGUGCCUGACCAUGCCCUGCCACUCAUCAGCUUCAUACGCAAGUCUUCACAGGCCAGGAUGGCAAACAUGGGCCCGGUGGUGGUGCACUGCAGUGCGGGCGUGGGUCGCACAGGCACCUACUUGGUGUUGGACAGCAUGCUGAGGCAGAUGAGUCAGGAGGAGGCGGUGGAUGUGGAUGGGUUCCUUCAACACAUUCGCAUGCAGAGGAACUAUUUGGUCCAGACACAGGAGCAGUACGUCUUUAUCCACGACGCCUUAGUGGAGGCAAUUAUGUGUGGAGAUACGGAGGUGGAGGCCUCGCGGCUUCAUGCGUAUGUGGAGCGGCUGCUGACCCCGCUGCAUGAUGGGAGGAUGCCUCUGCACAAACAGUUCAAGUUGCUGACUGCAGAAACGCCGAGCGUCCAUGACUACACAAGUGCUCUUCACAGCAACAACCGCCUCAAGAACCGAAGCGGCUCGCUGCUGCCUGUUGAAAGGUCACGUGUGCGCUUGUCACCAUCCGCGGGCGACACAUCUGAUUACAUAAACGCAUCCUAUGUGACGGGCUACAGACACAUUAAGGAGUUCAUCAUCGCCCAGAAUCCUCUGCCAAACACCAUCAAGGACUUCUGGAAGAUGAUUUGGGACCACAACGUACACAUCAUUGUGUCAUUACAGGGGGCCACCCUUGCUCAGGAUGCUGACGAGGAGAUCGUGGAGGAGGCGAAGCCGUGCAUGUUCUGGCCAGGUAAAGACAGUCCACUCAACUUGGAAACAUUGACCGUCACUCAAACAGGCGAGAACGUCAUCUGCUUGGCCAAUGAAGAUGUGCUAGUUGUUCACCACUUGGCUGUGCAAGCUGCGCAGGAUGACUUUGUCUUGGAAGUUCAACUGUACAGCGCCCCUCGCUGGCCAAACCCAGACAGCGCCAUCAGCGACACCUUUCUACUGGUCGAGCUGCUCCGAGAGGAAACCACCUCCAAAGAAGGGCCCUCCGUUGUCCUCGAUCGCUUGGGCGGAAUCAAGGCCGGGACCUUCUGCGCUCUCUUGUCACUGAUUGGUCAGCUCCACGGCCAAAGGAGCGUCGAUGUCUUCCAAGUGGCCAAGAUGACAAACCUCUCCAGGCCUGGCACCUUUUGCAACACUGACCAGUUGGAGUUCCUGUAUGAGGCCUUGUUGAGCGUAGUGGAUGAGCAACAAAAACAAGAAGAAGAGCCAAGGCGGAGAAGCUCAGUGUCUCGAGAGCACAAUGGCACCCCCGGGUCAACAGGUGGCAGGGGUGUAGCUGAGAGUUUGGAGUCUCUCGUGUGAUUGCCCAUUAAAGAAAACAAAAAACUUGAGCAAGUUCAAGUUUGCCUGAGUGCGCACCAGGAGAUAGUUUUAAAAAAUUUUAAAAGAACAUUUAUGGAAGCACAUUGCACCAGAAAAAAAGUUCAAUAUCACGCCUUAAAGUGGAAAAUUUGUUUGUUCAAACAAAACAAAGCAAUUCCUUCCAGAUCAGUUUGCUGACAGCGCCUAAACUACAUACUGUUACUGUGUCUUCUUUUUAAAUCUUAUGAAACUUGGCCUUAAUAAUAUAGUGAAGAACAGCACACCUUCAGAACUUGAAAAUUUUUGAUUUAUAAGACACAAAAAGCACUCCGUCCGUCACCUGAAACCAAAUUUACUGUAUUUUUCGGACCGUAAAGCACACUUAAAAGUCCCUUAUUUUCCCAAAAACUGACAGUGCAUCUUGAACACGAAUUGUGUUUUUUCUUAAUGACAUAGAACCUACACUAUUUUUUUCUUGGAGAAUAACUGUACUACACUGCUUUAGUAAAGGUCUCACUACACACAUUUACCAUUUAUUUCAUCUUUAGCGCUUAUCCUCACAAGGGUCAUAGUGGUGCUGGAGCCUAUCCCAGUAAGAGGCGGGGUACACCCUAAACUGGUUGUCAGUCAAUCGCAGGGCACAUACAGUAUAUACAAACAAUUUUUCAGACUCAGAAUCACAGCAAUGGGGAUUUUAUAUUGUUCAAUCAGCCUACCGUGCAUGUUUUUUGGAUAUGGGAGGAAGCCGGAGUACCGGGGGAAAACCCACGUAGGCACAGGGAGAACAUGCAAACUUCAUACAGGAAGAAAAAAAAAAGCCAAAGCCAGGGAUUGAACCCUUGAUCUUUGAAGUGUGAGGCAGAAGUGCUCGCCACACCAAUCAUUUACCAAACCCAAACCUAAUAAGUUAGUUACGAAUGAAUCAAUAAUUACAUUGCUAAAACAUAAACCAAAAAUAACAAAAAUACAUGCACUAAUUGGCCUUAUAUUCAGUUGCGCCUUAUGUAUGGAAAUACUAAUCAUUAGUGGUGUGCUUUACUAGUCCUAAAAAUACGGUAACACAUUUUAAUGUGGCACUUACGUCUUAGCAUGCUUGUAAUCACAUUAUGAUAUGGAAAAUUAUUUAAAAAUGUUAAAAUACCAUUGUUAAACAGGAGACAUUACUUUAGGAAGGCAUACGGUAUUUAUCAUGUGAUCAUUUUAUAAAGUUCCAGUUCAGAUCGUAGGCUGAGCUCUUCUUGUGUCUUCUGAGUCAACUUUAAAAAAUUUGUAACUACUGUAUGCUGCUAUUCUAUAUCUUGAAUAAAAUGAAAUUAAUGCCAAGUGUUUCAGCAGAUUUAAGCUUUGCAAAUAGGACUCACAUAUCUACUUGAGGCUCCCUCAAAGACCAUAACCGGAAGGAUUUGAGAAAAAAAAAAAAAAAAUUGCCAAAUGCUGAAGUCCAGUCAAAAGCAAUUCUUGAAUAUAGAUUUUUUUAUUUCCUGGUGUGCUUCUGUACUUUUUGUAAUGUGCCUUUUUUUUGUUUUUGUACUUAAACUCUGUGGUCACUUUGAAUACUGCCACGACCACGAUGACAACUAACACGUUUCGCGUAUUUAUUGGCAGCGACAAUUAAAAUGCAACAUGGCGGCAGUAGCACCUUUGCUUCUUCUAAUGUAAAUAAUAUUUCACCUCAACGGACCAAAUUGUAUUUAUACUUUAGCACAUUUUUAUAUUUAGUGCAUUCCUGAAACGCUUCUCUUGCUAAUCUUCAUGUAAUACAGCAUAAACACAGCUCAUAUUUCUAAUAAAUCCAUUUUUGUUGUUUUUGUGGUCUUCUGCUUCCAUUUGCAAUUAAAAACAAGAAAAAUUAGGACUGUUGUAUACUUGGUUUGCGCUCAAAAUACAUGUUCCAUUUUGAAAUAAUUCCAUACUUUCAAAGCCAUUAAUAUAGUUUUUUUUUUUAUUUCUUCACUUUGUGUGUGUGUAUACUGUAUAUAUGAAAUAUUUACUAAUGUUCAUUUUUUCUGCUAUCCAUUUUAUUUAAAAAUUUUAAGUACUU